GGAACUUCAAACCACUGUCAAACACAUGUGGCACCGGGCCAAACGUCACUGGUCUGGAUUUCCGACAACACGUGAAUAGUUUUCGUGUAUUUAUUGUAGAUAAAAUCAGGACGCAAUGGCAUUGAAACGCCUCAAAACCAAAAAGUCAAAACGCUUGCCAGCCCGACAAAAAUACAAAAUCCUCAAAAAGGUCCGCGAACACAACCGCAAAGUUCGCAAGGAGGCGAAGAAGCAAAACAAGGGCAAGAGCAAGAAAGCGAAACUCAUCCAAAUCCCCAACAUUUGUCCGUUCAAGGAGGAAAUCCUGAAAGAUGUGGAACAAGCGAAGAAGCAACAAGAAGCCGAGCGACAACGGCGUCGCGAGGAAAUGCAGAAAUUGCGCGAGGAGACCAAGGCCAAAACGCUGGUGGAUAUGGUCAACACGGCCGAGAUGAGGGGAUCAGUUUAUGAGACUAUGCACGAUGACGGUGAAGCGGAAGAGGAGAAAAUCUAUGAUGGCAACAACAAGAAAGAAAAUUCGCUGAAGGCGUUCUUCAAAGAGUUCAGAAAAGUGAUUGAGACUGCUGAUGUCGUAUUGGAAGUAGUUGAUGCCAGAGAUCCUCUAGGAACUCGAUGCGUAGAAGUUGAGAAAGCAGUUCGGAAUGCGGGGGGUCAAAAGCGAAUCGUGUUGAUUCUAAACAAGGCUGAUUUAGUUCCAAAAGAAAAUCUGAAGAAAUGGCUUACAUACUUCCGUAAACGUGGUCCUGUUCUACCAUUCAAGGCAUCGACACAAGAUCAAGCUUCAAAAUUGGGACGACGUAAAUUCAAAGACAUGAACUCAAAUAAGGGGAUGCAAGGAUCUGUUUGCAUCGGUGCAGAGCUGUUGAUGUCCGUUCUUGGAAAUUAUUGUCGCAACAAAGGGAUUAAAACGUCGAUUCGAGUUGGCAUUGUGGGUAUACCCAAUGUUGGAAAGAGUUCAAUAAUCAAUUCACUGAUACGAGGAAAAGCUUGUAGUGUUGGCUGUACACCAGGCGUGACAAGAGCACUACAAGAAGUUGAAUUAGACUCAAAAAUCAAACUUAUCGAUAGUCCCGGUAUUGUGUUUUCAAACGCUAGCUCAUCAGAUAAAUGUGCUCCUGCAAUCUUGAAGAACGCUCAACGGAUAAGUGAUGUCAAAGAUCCAUUCUCAAUUGCCGAAGAAGUCCUUAAACGAGCAAGCAAAGAGUAUUUCUGUAAAUUGUAUGACAUCACAAAUUAUAAUUCGUAUGAGGAAUUCUUCGCGAAAAAGGCGAAAAGGACAGGCAAAUUCUUGAAGGGUGGGAUCCCAGAUACUGAAGCAGCUGCCCGAGGUGUCCUGAUAGAUUGGAACACAGGAAAAAUCAAGUACUGCACACAACCACCAGAAGAUGAAAACGAAGCUAGUGCCCAUAUCAGUGCCGAAAUCGUUAGCUCGGAAAUGCGCGAAUUUGAAAUAGACAAUUUUGAAGAAAUGGAGACGGACAUAAUUAACAAAUUUGAAACAAAAGCAGAAGAUGUAAUGGAAAUUGCAUCAACUGGACCAGUCGUCAUGAAAACACCCGAACCAACAAUUAUUGAAACUGAGGAGGAAGAAAGCAGUGCUCCGAAAAUGAAAAAGCGAAAGGCCAAUGAUGAUGGUGGGGAGAAGGAGAAGGCAGACCCAUCAACCUUGCUAGACGGCAAUCAAACAAUUAACAAAUCAAUGAAGCAAGCGCAGAAGAAAAAGAAGAAGCAAAUGCUUCGCAACGAAAAGAAAGUAUCAGCCGUGGCCGAUGUUUUAGAAAACUUUACCUUCGGCACAAAGGCAGAUGAGAAAUAUGAUUUUGAAACAGAUUACACCAUGAAAGAUGAAUAAUUUAGGAUUGUAAUUUAGUUUUAAAUGUACUGUUAAAAUAUUGUUUAAUAUUAAACAUUUUUAUCAACUUGAA